AUGGCGAGCAUAGAGGAGAGCGUUUACUUUUGCCACAUAUGCAGCAGCCUGCGGUCAGAUUCCCAGGUCACUCCUACUUCUACUGGAGAUAUAUGCUGUUUGGUUUGCAACAAUGAGGGUUUCGUCGAGAAGGGGGUCUUCCAAAAUGCGCUUGGUCCGGGACGUCAGGGAUCUAGCGUUACAAUCCGCAGCAAUGUGGACGGUGGUAGUAACUCUGUUGCUUCUUCAAACCUUGAUGAUGGCAGGGCUGCAGCGGCUCCCGAAGGUGAGGGCAGCGCAGGUAGGCCCGAGCAAUCAAUUCCCGACAUACCAAUCGAGCUCUUCCGCAGCAUUCUACAAAAUCCUUUCGACAUUCAUGCAAUGAACCAGAUUUUGUAUUACGUAAUGGAGAACAAUUCCAACCGACAAGGUCCCCCGCCUGCGGCGAAGAGGAUCCUCGAAACCUUAGACACCGACACGCUUGACGAGGAACAAGCGAAGAAGCUGGAGACAUGUGCGAUCUGCACGGAGGAUUUCGUGGCAGGUGACAAGAUUCAUUGGCUUAGCAAGGACCGCACUCUCUGUGGCCAUGGUUUCCAUGUCGAUUGCAUUGUGCCUUGGCUAAAGCAGCACAAUUCAUGCCCCGUAUGCCGCUAUGAACUGCCUACUGAUGACGCAAAUUACAACCGGCAGCGCGAGGAUCUCCGUUCACGCUUACUAGAAGAGGUGCAGAGGCAUGUAGACUCUACGUCACAACCCAAUAGCGGCCGCCAGUCAUCAGCCGACGAAAGCGCACCUGAUGACUCCGCGCCGCAGGGACGCAGGUCAAGGUACGCAGGUGGACGUCUGAUACACGACCAUAACUGCCGUGUGCAAUGA